AUGUCCAAUCUCCGAUUGCCACGGAUCGAACAUUGCGCUCUCUCACCAGGUUUCAAACACUGCUCACCUGAAGAUGGCCUCUUAAACACCACCAGUCCUUCCGUUUUCCAACCCCUCGGUCGAUGCCACCCCGACCCUUCGAGCCUUUGGUCUGAGGAGUCGGGGUUCUGUUCCACCCCCCCCUGGUGCCCGCUCCGCUGCAAAGUCGGUGGAGCACCCGGACGAGACGUGGGACGUCUCGAAAUGGAGAGUGGCCAUGCGGCCACGGUGCAGUGCGAAGCACGCAGCUCGCAGCGCAUGGAGGAGGGGCGCCUGACCUUUGUGGAAGAAAGCCUCACGAGCUUCAAGGAGCAGGUGGAGCAGCAGCGAAAGGCCCAGGAGGCACUCCUGGAGAUGCAACUGGAUGCUGCGCGACGGGAGCUGGAGCAGAACCUGAGAGCGGUGAAGCAGCAGAAGCACGAGGAGCUCCUUCAAGACGCCGAGCGCGUGGCCCUGGCGGCCGUCUCCCGCGGCGUCCGCGAGGCCUUGGCCACGGAGGUGGCCAGCCUCCACCGAAGCUUCAAGCAGCUCAACGACUCGGUGGACGAGCGGCUCCGCAUCUUCGAGCAGCGGCUCGAACGCAUCGAGGAUCGAUCCUCUAAGAACAUUGAUGAAGUCUGGCUUCGUAUGGAACAGUUGGAGUGGAAGUUCCACGAGGAUGGACACUUGAGUCCUGAAGUGGCAAAGCAGGUCCCCAGCUUGGUCACCAACUGGGGCCAGGGGAAGUUUCCCUCGCAGAGCGACUUGCUGGCGUACUUAGAACACCGACUCACUGAGAUGCAGACGGUGAAGGCUGAGAUCCACGAGAUGCUCCAGAGGGCCUCUGACGGCUUGGGCGACCGGGUGGAGGAGUGUGUGGUCAGCAAGACGCAGAAUAUUGAGAACCGGCUCAUGUCCACAGAUAUGAUGCUGAGGAACUUGCUCACGAAGCAGAAGGAGCCGGUCUCGCCCGCGGUCUCGCGCACUCCCUCGGGAGCGGGUCGCUCUCCGUCGGCCCGCGACAAAGGCGGGAGCGGCGCGAACCGGCCGGACUCCGCAGGAAAGCCGCAACUGGAGCUGCCGGGCAGCCCCAAGAGCUCGAGGAGCAAGGGCUCCAGAAGUCCCAAGGCUGCCAGCCGGAAGGCCUCAGAGAAGCCGAGCAACGUCUCCUCGCAGAGCCAAGGCCUUGUGGACGAGGCCUUGGCGGCACGUGCGGCCGCAUCGGCCGUGGCGGCCGGGGCUGCGCUGCCGGGGGUGUUGGAAGGCGCCGAUUUGUUGUCGUGGCUGAAAUCCCAUGUCAACGAGCUCUUGGACCUGAAAACUGCCGCCGCUGCAGUGCCGCGAGAUUCUUCCGGGUCAGCCAUGGAUGAAGAGAGGCCAGAGGAGACACAGCCUGCGGGUCCCUUUGGCGUGGGCCUCAUUCCAGACGGUCUGCUGGACCGCUUGGAGCAGCUCGAGCAGAGCUUGGAGAAACUGGCGGUGAACAUCAAGGAGUUGGAUGGCGCGCGCUUGCCGGGCCGCAUGGGGACCUUGGAAAGUCAGUGCCUGGACGAGCGAUUGGCCUUGCUGGAGUCGUAUGCGCCCUCGGCCACCACAGGCGCGCACCGGCCCCCGUCGCGGCCGUCAUCGCCAUCGGGCGCGACCACGGCGCAGACGACGUCGCAGCUGCUGGCGCUGCGGGAGGAGAUGCAACGGCUAAAGACCCGAGUAGGGAUUUUGGAGGGCUUGACGCCGAUCCAAGACCUCGACGCCAGCCCCACCAGUCCUGCCAGUCCUGCAAGGGAGGAGGAGGAGCGCCAGCCGAACAGCCAUCUCCUGAGGUCGGAAGAUUUCAAGCACGAACUGAUGAACUUGUGGCACGCCAUUGGUGGCGACCAGAAGAAUUUGGACCUGCUGACGGCUCGCCUGGAGGAUGCCAAGGGCCAAGUGGCGCGGAUGACGCAGCGCUUUGACACCGCCAUGCCACAGAUGCUGCAAUUGCUGGGGGAACUGCUCAGAGGUCAAGGCUUCAGCGAGUCCUCCGAUGAGGUGGAUCUACUGCUGCAAAUCCAACAGCUCCUCUACGGCGAGUCUGGGAUGCCCUUUGUCUCGCCUGCAGUGCUGCGGGAGACGUUCCAACGCUUCGAAGCGUUGCUACGAAGUGAGAUGGAGAAGCUUCGCGAGGAGCUGGUGGCCAACAUGGAGGAGAAGGCGCGAUCAGAGGACUUGGACUUCCUGGCGGAGCAGCUUCGACUCUGGCAGAAUCAACUGCAGAUAUUGUGGCAAACUUUUGAAAAGCUGACCACUGAGCAGGAGGUGGAUGCAGCCAUUUGGCGAAAGCCCUUGGCUGCACGCUGUGUGAGCUGCGAUCGGAAGGUGGACAUCAAGGGUCUCCUCUUCGACCGUGACACCCCGCAGCUCCCCACCGGCGCCAACAGCCCCAGUCCCGAGCGUCACCUCGUCGCGCCGGUCGCGCCUCCGGGUCCACGCGCCACCUCGGCGCGGCGGGGCGGCCGGGGACGGAACCUUCCAGCCAUCGACGCCUGA